GGGGGGCACAAGGAAGUUGGAGGAGCUGAGAAAGUCAUUAAAGUGCAUGAGAGGUCAGUCGCUCAGCGCUUGGUUUGUCAACGGAUGUCUGAAUUUCUGGAAUAGGUUUUUGCUGUCGGGCUGAGAAGUGUAGAGAAGAAGCCAAGAAAGGGACGUGUCAUCGGAAUGUUGGCUUUGCAAGCUCAGGGAGGAAACAGCAGGGAGCAAAAAACUGUGAGUGCCUGAAAAUGACUACGAAGAGGAACCUGUUUGUGCGGCUGGUGCCGUGCCGGUGUUUGCGGGGAGAGGAAGAAACUGUGACCUCGCUUGACUACUCUCACUGCAGCCUGGAGCAGGUGCCGAAAGAGAUUUUCACAUUUGAGAAAACCUUGGAGGAACUUUAUUUGGAUGCCAACCAGAUUGAAGAACUUCCCAAGCAACUAUUCAACUGCCAGUCUCUGCACAAGUUGAGUUUGCCAGACAAUGACCUAACAAUAUUGCCAGCAUCUAUAGCAAAUCUCAUUAAUCUCAGGGAACUAGAUGUCAGCAAGAAUGGUAUACAGGAGUUUCCAGAAAACAUUAAGAACUGUAAAGUUUUGACAAUCGUCGAAGCAAGCGUCAAUCCAAUUUCUAAACUUCCAGAUGGGUUUUCACAGCUGUUAAACUUGACUCAGUUAUACCUAAACGAUGCUUUCCUUGAUUUUUUGCCAGCUAAUUUUGGCAGGUUAACAAAACUUCAAAUUCUGGAGCUUCGCGAAAACCAGUUGAAAAUGUUACCAAAAACCAUGAAUAGGCUGACACAGCUUGAGAGACUGGAUCUCGGAAGUAAUGAAUUCACAGAAGUGCCUGAAGUACUUGAACAACUAAGUGGUUUGAAGGAAUUCUGGAUGGAUGGCAAUAGACUAACGUAUAUCCCAGGGUUUCUUGGAAGUUUGAAACAACUGACCUACUUGGACCUUUCAAAGAACAACAUAGAAAUGGUAGAAGAUGGCAUCGCUGGGUGUGAAAGUUUACAAGAUCUGCUGCUGUCCAGCAAUGCCAUACAGCAGUUACCAGAGUCAAUUGGUGCACUGAAGAAGUUGACCACUCUGAAAGUAGAUGAGAACCAGCUCAUGUAUUUACCAGACUCCAUUGGAGGGCUGGUUUCCCUUGAAGAGCUGGAUUGCAGUUUCAAUGAGGUUGAAGCAUUACCUUCCUCCAUAGGGCAAUUUUCUCAGAUUCGAACGUUUGCUGCUGAUCACAACUUUCUGAUACAUCUUCCCCCGGAGAUUGGAAACUGGAAAUAUGCCACUGUGUUAUUCCUGCAUUCCAACAAAUUGGAGUCCCUCCCAGAGGAAAUGGGCGAUAUGCAGAAACUCAAGGUCAUUAAUCUGAGUGACAACAAGCUAAAGAAUUUGCCCUUUAGCUUCAUAAGACUGCAGCAGCUCACUGCUAUGUGGCUGUCAGAUAAUCAGUCCAAGCCCCUCAUACAACUGCAAAAAGAGACUGAUCCGGAUACUGAGAAAACGGUUUUAACCAACUAUAUGUUCCCUCAACAACCACGAACGGAUGAAAUUAUCUUCUCUUCUGAUAACGAGAGUUUUAACCCCUCUCUAUGGGAAGAACAGCGGAAGCAGAGGGCUCAGGUUGCCUUUGAGUGCGACGAUGACAAGGAUGAGAGAGAAGCUCCAGCACGGGAAGGACAUUUGAAGAGGUAUCCAACCCCAUACCCUGAUGAGUUGAAGAACAUGGUGAAAACGGUUCAGACUAUUGUACAUCGGUUGAAAGAAGAAGAGAAGGGUGAGGAAGCCAAUAAAGAGGCAAAGCUGAAUGAAGCUCAAUCCCUCCUGAAUGACACAACAGUGAAGUCGUUGGAGUCUGUUCCAGCUAAGCCCGAGGAUGAAGAAAAGCAAAAGCUCCUUGCCGGGAACUGCAUACAGAAAGCAAGUGAUCCAGAAACGCAGAAUAGCAUUGCAAAUUCACAGCCGAAUAACCUUGUUAAAAAUUUCUGGAAUGCAACAACUAUUGUCAACCAUGAUGAGACACUUGAGCAGGAAUCUGAAGAUUUGUCAUGUGAUGAAGAAAUGAAGAUGGCUGAAAUGCGGCCACCGCUUAUUGAGACGUCCAUGAAUAAGCCGAAAGUGGUGGCACUGAACAACAAUAAGAAAGAUGAUAUUAAAGAUUCAGACUCUCUAUCGGACGAAAUAACCCAAAACAGCAAUCAGAACAACAGUAAUUGUUCCUCACCGUCACGUAUGUCAGACUCCGUCUCAUUGAACACCGUCAGCAGCCAUGAUACCUCCCUGUGCUCGCCAGAAAAAGAAUCUAGGAUUGCGAUGAGCAUAAAAUUAAGACAAGAAGAUGAAAAUUUGAACAACCUUUUACAUAAUGGAGGAAAAUUGAAAGAUGUUGAAGAGAGGCAAAUUACAGAGAUCCCGUCAUUGGACAGUGAAGAGAACUUGGUUCAAGAGAAGAGAGUCAAUAAUACGGCAGACAAACCACACAACUUGAACCAAAUCAACAUAAACAAUAACCUCACAAAUGAUGAGAGCGUGCAUCCGGAUGUUCUGAAGCGGCCGCUUAUUUCGCAGGAAUUGAGGUCUGGAGAGGGAUUUUUGAACAAUAAUGAGAAACAAGAGGCUCAACUCCUGGAAAACAGGAAGGCCUACCCCAAUAUGUGUGCAAUGAAUAAGGUUAAUGGGCACUCUCCAGAUGAGGAUAUGUCUCCAGAAAUGAGUGAGCCUUUCAGGAGUGUAUCAGAGGAUUCAGUGCCUUCUUUUGACUUGUGUGUUUCAAAGAGCACAGAUGAUUUGUCUCCACAGCUGGGAGACUCUAUGGGUCCUGUUGUGAAAUCUCACAGCAUAAACAACAUUGAGAUGGGAGAGCUAAGGAUCUAUGACAUCCUAAGUGACAGCGGCUCUCAGCAGCCAUUGUAUGUUAGCAAGUCAGCAGGGGCAAGUGGUGAAGGACAAAAUAUUGUUAGGAGCAAAUCAGCAACUUUUUUGUAUGAUCAGCCAUUGCAAGUGUUCUCUAGUUCAUCUUCCUCGUCGGAUUUGGUAUCUGCCGGAAAGAAAACCGUGUUUAAAUUUGAUUCCAACCACAACCCGGAGGCACCGUAUCCAAUGAGAGGUCCUCCGGGACCCCAGUUGUCUGCUGUGCCUCAAUAUAAUGUUCAGUACAGUAGCGGUAGUGCUGCAGCCAAAGAUAAUUUGUGGACACAGAAACAAAUGGCCUCAAUGGAUCAAGGAACCUUGCCUCCUCCACGCUUCCAUAUGUCCGACAGCUUAGAUAGCCCCAGCUACAUCAAACACUCUGCCAAUAUGAACUUUUCUAAUCAUAACAAUGUGAGGGCCGGUAACAUGUACGGUGUACACCAGAGGAUGGGACCAAGGCACGUGGAGGCAUGGGCAGUGUCCCCCAAUGAUCGGCUCCACCAGGGUGUAAGCCGUAACACUCUGCAGAGACAAGGCAGCGUCUCUUCUAAUGCUUCUAUGUCCCUGGGCGACACAGGUCCCACAAGGAGGAUUGUUGUACCCGAAGGAGACUAUAUGACUUACAGAGACAUUCAUUCAAUGGGCAGACCUCAACACAUGAUACCAGGCCCACAGAGACCGCUCUCAGCCAGGACAUAUAGCAUUGAUGGUCCCAAUGUGCCCAGACCACAGAGCGCACGGCCUUCCGUUAAUGAUAUUCCUGAGAGAACAAUGUCUGUUAGUGAUUUUAACUACUCUCGGACUAGUCCCACUAAAAAGCCAAAUGCUAGGGUUAGUUCGGAGCACUCCUUGCUGGACGCCCCAGGCAGGAGUAAGGUACCUCAUGACUGGAGAGAGCAGGUCUUGCGGCACAUAGAGGCAAAAAAGCUUGAAAAGAGCAUGCUGUCACGGUCCUUUAAUUCCACUUACACUGCAUCUAGCAGCUCUGUGUAUGGCAGCUCUAGGGAUCUGCAUGGCAGCCAAGGCAAUGUUGCCUUGAGUGUUGCUGACAGAAGAGGUUCUGGUGUUCACAUACUUCGUCACCCAACUGCUGGCAGCACAGGAGAACCUGCACAGGAUGAUGUGUUUGGGCCCGGACAGCAAAAUUAUGCGACCUUGCUCCACAAGGAGAGUUCUGUUGAUGGUGUGAAAAAGAUGCAUAUGAGCAACGGACAGAUGGGCCCACCGUCAAGAUCUCAGAGCAACUAUAGCCAGCUCCAGCAUUACCCUGCCCAGCCAUCAAUGGUACGGAUACGACUAGUGAAGGAUCCUGAAUUGGGCUUUAGUAUAUCAGGAGGUGUUGGCGGGAGAGGAAAUCCCUUCAGACCAGGAGAUGAUGGCAUAUAUGUUACAAGAGUACAAUCUGAAGGACCGGCAUCUAAACUUUUACAGCCUGGAGACAAGAUAAUACAGGCAAAUGGGUACAGUUUCCUGAAUAUCGACCAUGGGCAGGCGGUGUCUUUGUUGAAGAAGUUUCAGAGCGCCGUAGAGAUGAUCAUUUUACGGGAUGGAGCCGUGUAAACCGCAAAGGCAAUGAACUGAAAGCCAGCAAUGUGUCAAGAGACUUAAUUAGUAUAUUUUUCUAUGUAUAUAAGAAAAAGCAACUUAGAAAACCAUGCACUUGGAAUUUUGAUAUUCAAGAAAAACUAUUUGUACAGAAAUGUUGUGAAAAAUAUGUGGUUUAGGGGAGUAAACCACUGCAGAUAACGCAGCCGGGUUCCAAAGGCCUUGCUGCUCCGGUGUGAAUGUUUGAGUAGUUUUGCCUACAAGAACAAACCUGUGUUGUUUUUGUACAGAAUGUAGGUUUAUUUUUGGACAAAGCGUGUUACUAAACUCUGUAAGAUUUUACAAAAUGAGCCUAAAUUGUAGCGAGCAAGGGGGCGGAGGUCAGAACCGUCUCUACUGUAGCUAUAAGUAAUGUAGCUACAUGUAUGCCUUUCUCUCUUCACACCUGGUAUCAUUUUUAUUUUUUUUAAUACAUUUUAAAAAUCCACAACCACUUAUCUCGAGGCAGACUGAGCCAUGUUGGCUUUGCUAUGUGUAUAGAGUUUUGGCAGGCGAUACAGCAAAGUGGCACUUUUUUUUUGGUUGGCUGGGUAAUGUGGCCUCCUGUCCUAUCUGGUAUCCAGGGCCAUGUCCGAUAUAAGUGGUUUUUAUUUAGAAUAUAGGGUCUCAUUAGAAGGA